AUGGAAACUGUGAACUGGGUGCUUCGAAGGAAAACGGCUAGACAAAGUAAACGUCUCUCGAAACCGGAACAACGUCAGACAAAGUUCACUGAGGUUCAAAAGCACGUUAUUAACGAAAUCUUCAAAGUCGCUGAAGAACCGCCCUGUAAAACGAUACACAUGAUUUCUGAGAACUUGCGCUCGGAUUUUAAGCAGUUUUGA